UUAAAUAAUCAGAAUAAAUUAAGCAAUACAAACUUAUAACUGUCAAAAGGUUCUAGCCAAAGCCAAAGCAAGCUCCAAAAUUGUAGCUAAGGCAUAUAUAUUUUGUAUAAGAAGUGAAUGCAGUUAUCAAAUGGAGACGUUGUCCGUCUCCAUUGUUGGGCUAUUGCAGCUGCUGGGCUACUCGUACUUUAUGACUCAGCCGGAGGAUCAAUGCUCGCCAGCUCCGUCCAUGGGUAGCUGGCUCUUUCUGGUGGCCACACUCUGCUUUCUGUGGGACAUGGGCAUAUACCCGCGUCGCUUCAUGCACAUGGCCUGGCAUUGGCAGUUGUUCAUCGAGAUUGUGGCGGGCUUAUUUCUGGCCGAGAUAGCGAUGCUGCUUAUUUGGUGCGGCCUCGAGCGGGUUAUCUAUUCGCUAACGCAGAAGUUUAUUCAUGCUUUGCAUUUGGACGAUUGCCUGCACAGUCUGCACGAGUACUGUCUGCAUGGGCUAACCACCGUCGCAGUAAGUGGUGCACUUGUGUGGUUCAUAAUGAGAGCAACCGAUAUCCCCUAUUAUCUGGACUGCUCCAUGGGCAAGCUGAAACGCAAAGGACAUCACGUGAUGCGUAUCCUUGGCUGCAUUGGCCGAAUGAACAGCUGCGAUAGACAACGCACGCUGAGAGCCUGCAGGCAGGCCAUGUUUUCCAGAUGUGAUGAAGCUACCAGUUCAGAGGAGGAGGAAGAUGGCGCAGGUGAUGGGGUUGAGUAUGAGCAGGGCGGUGCGGGUGGGGAUGGGGAUGGAGAUGUGGAUGAAGAUGAAGAUGGGGAUGUGGGUGAAGAUGAGGAUGAGGAUGAGAUUGGAGAUACGGAUACAGAGUAACCAUUUACCCUGGCUGCGUGUUCAAUUCAGGCACUAAACAAAUCAUGUCCUCGCAUUGGCUUGCCCUCGUUGCGAUCCAUCUAUCUGGAAUUUAUAUUGCGAUUGCUGCAUAUCUCGACACGAUUUUUGUGCCGCACGCAACGGAAAUUUACUUUUCUUCACUGUCGCACCACCCACCACUUUUUUCGGCUAUCUGUAACAAUAAAUUUUGUUGCACGAACGGACAGAGAGCGGAAAAUAAAGAGAAUUUGCGUUUGCUGACUGUGAGGCUCGUCGACUUUUGUCUGCUUGUCAAAGAGCCUAAAUGGCUAGGUUGGCCUUCAACUGUUGAAUGCGAACCCAAACCUAAAUGUAAG